ACAAAGAAAAAAAAUCGAUAAUUUUAUAUACAUAUAUUUAUAUAUAUACAUACUUUUAUAUUCGAAAAUAAAUGCCACCAAUAAGUAAGAUGUCUCAAGAUUCUGCAAGAGGUCGUAGGAAUGACGGUGACGUUGAAAUGAAUUUAAAACUGAUCAAAUAACAACUGAAAUACUCACCGGUCGAACAGGAAUACUCUGUUCAAUUGAGGAAAUUGAUAAUCUUUGUAACGAAAAAGUUCAAAAAGUUAAACUUAUUGCGGAUAAAUCGAUAGAAGCGAUUGAAGCUGGUCGUAAAAAACAAACCGAUCAAAUUUCUCACCUUCGGGCCGAACUAAUAAAUACGAUUAUAGAAGCAAAAAAUAAGAUUAAUAAAAUAUGUGAAGAGUUGAAAAAAUAUUAG